CUCCCCAUCUGUCUCUCGCCCUCUCUCCCUCUGUCUCUCCCUUACUCCCUCUGUCUCUCCCUCUCUCCCCUCUAUCAACCUCUCCCCCCAGGUGGAGCCUGCCGCUGCUGAAGGUCGGCUCGUCAGUGCCAGCGUUGAUGAUGAGUAUAUUAUUAAUAAUAAUAUUCGUAAGGAUGCUGUACUAGGUGUGUGUCCUGCACAGAAGUUUCAGGUGUCCCGCCUCCUGUUGUAUUUAAACUCUGCCCUCGGCCCCGCCUCUGAUGUCAUGUUAGAGCCAUACCUGCUCUGCUGGGAGGAGCUCAUUAAGUUCAUGGAGGCCCUUGGUCCUCUAGUGAGUUUCUUCACAGGGAAAGUUCAGGAGAAGAUAACUCUGAUUCGCCGGCUGGUGGAGGAGGAAGCUGCUAACUUCAGUUUCCUCACUGCCCCUGACUCUCAGGUUACCCCGAAUCCCCAGUGGCAUGCCUACUCCUCCGUACGUUCCAUGCUGGUGGCAGAGCUGCAGAGAGGCGUAGUCAACUUUGACAGACGGACGGAUUCCGGAAGCCGGACGUUGCUCCGCCUCCACCGGUCGCUGCUGUGGCUGCAGCUGCUGCUGGAGAAAGUGGUGGACGAAGGCCGUAGCUACCGGGGUCGCAGCGACGGGGGCCACAGCCUGGGGGCGCUGUGUGCUGAGGCCUAUGUGCAGGCUUUAGCGCCACACCACCCCUGGCUUCUGCAGCAGGCGGCUCAGCUGGCGUUCAAGGCGAUGCCCAGCAGGGCGGCGCUGCUGCCCAUCGUAUGCGUCCACACGCAGGAGGAGGCAGAGCCGAUAAUCCUGCUCAUCAUCAGCGCCAUCAGAGAAGUUCACCGCAGAACUCAGAGAGAGCUGGAGCAGAGGAGCAUGAUGGACCUGCCGUGAACACAGACACCCACCCCGUCAGUUCUGAGUCCAGUUCUGUAGCCACAGCAGAGCCUGGCAAACUGAUCUGAACCCUGCCCAGAGUUAAAUCACGUUUUGGAUGUUAGACUAAAGUCUUAUUGAGUGACUGUAAAAUCUGUGUAAAUAUGAAACAUCAGCGUUUUUAAAUUAGGGGUUUUAUGGUGCAGUUUGAACUCAUAGAAUUAUCCAUACAGAAAAAUAUGACUCAAUAAGAUAAAAUUACCCAGAAUCCUCAGCUGCUAAAUCUACUCUCGGCUGUGUUCAGUCAGUAAGUCUCUUCAUUCCAGCUUCCGUUCUUCUCAGGAUCCUCACUUUCAGCUCCUCAAAGAACCUGCAGACACGUCUCCAAAGCUUAGUCUGAGAAGCUGGUUGAUGAUCAAACCCAUUCAGUGG